CGGAAACUUUGGAAGAUACGGGCAUUUAUAGAAAUUUUAGGAAGGCGUUCAUGGCGAAGUGACAGGCGAAGAUAAAUGCUAGAAGAUUUACCAUGACUGAGUACAAGAGACAGCCCAAAGAGGAUGUGUGUCACUUGCUGCAGUCUGUGAUUUUACAGAUCUGUGAGGAACAUUAUCAAUCACGCGGGGAUGUAGAGGUGGACGCCAUCAUAUGUUUGUCUACCCUGGACUCAGAAAGUCAAGAUGUGGUCAAAAUACACAAAGUUUUACCCUCUGGCAACAGAAGAAGUAGACCAGAAAGGACAUCUCUUGAUGCCAAGAUUAAACAUUCCAGAAAGCUGAAAAAUACAAAGCAGCAACACUUCAAAAGAAAUUCUUAUCUAUCUAGAUAUCCAAGAAAACAGUACAAUGCAGUUCACAUCACAAAUGACUGUCACCAAGAUCUUGGAGACACUGAAGCUUGUAGCUCUCAGAUAGAAUACAUAAAUGAUGAUGUUGAAAAUAAUCUAACACAAAAUGUUUGUCAUGUAGGAGGAGAAGAGUUGUCGAAAGAAGCUUCAGAUGAACAUCAUGAUCUGGAUAAUUGUAUAGACUUUCCAAGGGAGAGAAAAAUGUCAACAGAUGAAAUUGAACAAAAUAAUUUUAUUCCACAUCAAACUGAAGAAGAAAGAUUUGGCAUGUCAGAUGUGCCCACCAUCAAGAUAGAACCCAGGGAACUAACAAAUGAACAGGAAUCCGAGACAAACCUGCCAAAUUUUUCAAGUCGUCCAAAAAGAAAACAAAAUCCGAAAAGAAUUAUACGCCUGCAUGAUUCCGAAAACCAUUAUCAAAAUGAUACAGGGAGUUUUGAAAGUGAAACAGAGGAACAAUAUUCCAAUUUGACUCCAAAAGAAGAAUUUGUAGAGGAGAAACAGGUGGUUGAAGACAGUGGAGAUACUGAUGAAUUCCAGCUAUGGUCAGCACAGAGUAAAUCCGAAUUAUACUCUCACAAUCCUGAAGAAGAUGAAGAUUUGUUUGGGGAAACAGAGUCCAAUCAGGAUAAUGUUGACAUGGAAACCAGACACUCCUCCCCAGGGCAAGUAGAAACCCCUCCAAGGAAAGUUUUAAAGCUCGAGAAUAAAAGGGUGACACAGAGUCUUAGACACAGUGAAAGCAAAGUAUUUCAGUGCAGUAAGUGUGGUUCAGGGUUCAGCAGUAAGAAAUCUCAGAUGAGACAUGAGCGGUACAAUUGUGGGGACAUUCCUCAUUUUGAGUGUAACGUGUGUGGGAAAUUCUAUUCCAGGGCAGACAGUAAAACUAGGCACCUAUGGAAAAUACAUGGUAUUAAAAUUUCCACCCCAGAUAAAAAUAAUCCUACCGAUUUUCCAUAGCAUUCUUGCAAAGAAUUCUUUCAAACUUGAUAAUUUACAAAGAUUAGUAUGUAUAACUGUAAAAGAAAGACAUAUCAUUUUUUUAAACACUUGUUAAUGUCUUAAUAACUUAUAUGAUAAACCUAUGGUAUUUACAAUGUAGAAGUAUAGUACAAAUACCUGUGGGUUAGAAGUUUGCAUGGACUGUGGAUAUUACAUGUAGCUUAGGUGGCUCAGUGCUAGAGCACCUUACUUCAAUGAUGCAAAGGUCCCAGGUUUUAUUCUGGGCCAGACACAAAUUAUCUAGCCUUUUCACUUAGUUGUGUAAAUGUAUUUACUAAAUGUUAUUAUUUUUUGUUUGCAAUUAUGUGUAUGUUAUUGGUAGCAUCACUCAUUUUACCAGGGCACAAGUGCCAGUAUGUAUGAUUGUGGUAGCUUUCUGACUUUCUCAUUGGGAAAAAAUCAUUGAUGCUCUGUAUUAUACAUUGUAACAUUCAAUUUGAAACUAUUUUUUAAUUCAAGAACAUAUUAAGAAGUGACCCCUAACUAUUAAUUGGUAUAAUACAAAUGUAGAAUGUAUAAAUGGAAUUUAUUUUUUUUGCUAGAUAUUUGAGCACAAUAGUACUGUAGUAUAUUCUGUCAAUUUCUGUGACAUUUUACUUGGGAGGAGUUGAUUUCAGGUCUUAUGGUAACAAGACUCUCGGUAAUCAUAGUAUAGCUGGUACUGUUUAGAUAUUUGAGCAAGAUAUUUUUCCCAGUUUGUGCGUCAUAUCGAUUUUCAGGAUUAUGAAUCCGUCAUUUAGCUGUCAUUGUCUUAAUUUAAGAGGUCUUGAAGAGAAUAUACAAUGUAGCGGUACAUGUACAUGUAUAUGUAGUAUAUUUCAAUGGUAUAAAAUAUACACUUACUGUCUAACUUACAGUAGAUCUUGAUGAUUUGUUCGUUCAGAUUCUAUGAAACGGGUAGGUAGUGCUCAUUCAACAAAUACCUUUUUUAGGUGUUAGUACAUCUUGUAGGCUAUUAGUAUUAAAAAGAUUGUUAUUCAAUAUUCUUUACCUCAGGAUAUUAGAGACCAAUGUUCAUCUUCUUGUGAUAAAUAAUGUGUUGAUGUUAUGCUGAAAAUUAUUUAAAUUUAGGGAAAGUUUAUGCACUUAUAAUACAGUGUAAGUAAUAAUUAAAACAAGUUGCUAGCCUGUUAUGCAACAUUUAGAUAUCGUUUUGUUGAGCUUUGUGGCUGAUGUAUAUCUUCCUUCAAUACAAUUUAAAACAAAAAAUGUGGACAUAUUUUGGUUCAAACAAUUGCUACAGCUGCUGUUUGUUUUAAAAUAUAAGAAUGAAUUAAAUGAUUUCUUUAUAAUAUUUUUUCCUGGUCAGGUAUGAAAACGGGAAUAAGCAUGGUUGUGAUUUUAUAAUAGCCCCAUUUUUGUUUCUGUUUUUUUUUUUCAAUGUAUACAUGUACAUCAGAAUCGGGUCAUGAAAGCAAGCUUUUAGGCUACCACUCAAGUACCAGGUAGUAAAGAAAUUUGUAAUAACCAGUAUUAAAGGUGUAAAAUUACAUGUAAUUAUAUUUGUUCAGUUGUUUAUUUACCCCUUGUAGAUAUGAAAUAUGUGACUAGUUUUAAAAUCAAUCUGAAACUUGAAACUUAAUGUAUUAUGAAAUUAUAUGACUUCAUUCCACAUGAUAAUAAAUGGCUAUCAUUUGUU